UUGGUGGGAGCGGCCAUCUUUGGCGUGUUGCUAUGGCUACGGCUGGACUUCUGGACCAACGAGUACCUGGAGAUCGACUCGAGCCUGGAGCGCUACCUGGUGCUCAUCUACAUCGCGCUGGCCUCGGGGGCGGUCAUCGUGGUCUUCUCCAUCCUGGGACUGGUCGGGGGGUGUCUACGGAAGAAAUGGCUCAUCGUUAUUUACCUUGCGGCCAUCUGUAUAGCCAUCGUGCUGACGGUCUCAGCUGUGGUCUAUGGUAUCAUCUACAGAGAAGAGCUGGAGGAGACGGUGGUCCGUGACAACCUGGUCAAGAACAUCAUCCAGGCCAAGUACGUGGACGACAGAACCAGUCGCGUGCGGCGCGCCAUCGACAUCAUGCAGUCCGAGCUGGAGUGCUGCGGAGGCAACAGCCCCAACGACUACCUCGAGUCCACUUGGGCCUUGGAGGGCGAACGCAAGACUCAGGGGCUGGUGCCAGCCUCGUGCUGCACGGACUACCUCCGCUACAACGACCCGGACCAGCUGUGCCGCAUCUACCUGCCCGACACCAGUCAGACGAGGAGUCCGGACAUCUGGCAGCGGGGUUGUCAAGAUGAGCUGAAGGAUUUCCUGGACUCCUACGUGGUGGUUGUCAUAGCGAUAGGGGCUGUGUUUUUCGUGUUAAUGCUGGUGUGCCUGAUCAUCUGCUCGGUGUACAUCCACCUGCUCAACUCGCUGUACGUGCCGCAGCCCGACGACAUCGUCUACGACAUGGCCCACAACCAGGAGAAGUCGCCGUACCCCUCCAGGGGAGACUACCGCGAGUACUACCACUGAGGGCCCCGCCCCACCACAGACUCGAACCCCGGCCCUAUAGACACUGCUGUCACAGAGAGGACUAACUAACUAUCAACGAGUGACAACGACCGUGCUCAAGCAAAUCUGGAACAACUAAGUCUAAGUCUACUCUCUGUGUCUCUCUCUGUGUCUCAAGUUGGAAGAGGAAGAGGAGUAUACCGCGGAGAAGGAGUAAGGAGUAUACCACGGAGAAGGAGUAAGGAGUAUACCAGAGAGAAGGAGUAAGGAAUAUAUACCACGGAGAAGGAGUAAGGAGUGUACCAUGGAGGAGGAGUAAGGAAUAUAUACCACGGAGAAGGAGUUACGAGUAUAGCACACAAAAGGAGUAAGGAGUAUACCCACAGAGAAGGAUUAAAGAGUAUACCACAGAGAAGGAGUAAGGAAUAUAUACCAUGGAGAAGGAGUGAGGAAUAUAUACCACAGUGAAGGAGUAAGAAUAUACACCACGGAGAAGGAGUGAGGACUAUAUACCACGGAGGAGAAGUAUAUUCUGUGCCAAUUCUUUGCUUUGUCUUAUGCGGGGUGGGCUUACAGUUUGCUGGCAGGUCCUGUGCGCCGACUCACAGUUCUACGACCACUGCUUUAUCGUUGUGAAAAAUUCCACACAUUGUUGGGUAACAACCACAACAACAACAACAACAGUAACAACAGCAGUGACAAGGCGGCAACAAUAACGACAACAGAAACAACAAACUUAAUAAUAACGACAAGCAAACCACGAACGAGCCCAGACCAUCCCCCUGUCGGAAGCGAUCCUACAAGAAAGUGGUUGGAUAUAUGGGAAUCAAGCAAGUUUUUGAUAGAGAAAUUGUUUUGUGGAGAAGUAGAUCUGUAGUCUUCUCGGAGAGUGGUGUAUGUGGGAGUGGCUGUGUUCUGUGUGGAGGAAAGGCUUCUCAUGUGUAUACUUGGGCCCUUAAGAGUGACAGGAUUUGUUACUCCGUUUUUUUGCAAGAAUGGGAUUACACACUACACAUCACUGACAGACACAGAUGCCCUUCACACUGUGUCAAAAGCUUGAUACACAAAAUGAGCAGUAUGUUUUCAGUUUGGCUUGAGACAAAUAAGGUGUAAAAGCAUUUUAGAUAGAUCUAAGAGAGUGGAUCUUUUCUCAAACCUAUGCGUGGUGGAAUUAGAAUUCUGUCGUUCUAAGGGCUUGUACUGCCGGGAGUGAGGUGUGGAUCGCCUGGAAAUGCUUGCUUGUGGUGUGUGUGCCUGCUUGUGGUGUGCUGUGCACACACUUGUGGGAUGAGAGUAGCCACCUCCGCGGGCUGGGUCGAUGGCUGUGGGCACAAACCAUUUAACUCAUAUUAUGACCUUAUGCAGUUGCGAGCGCGGUAAAACCUCUACUAAACUGAGACCAUUUAACUUUGAGACGGUACAUUGAUGUUUUACACAAAUAGUUUUUUUUCGUCUGUAAUAAUGAUGAUACAUCCAUUUAUAGAAUGCUCAAUGCAGAUAAAGAGCAGGCUGUGUGUGUGUGGGGGGGGGGGGGGGAGUGCAGCGUUGAGGGUAGUAUAGAUGAGUUCCGUAGCAAACUUUUUAAAUUGAUGCAGGGUGGGGGGUGAAAAGUUCAGGUUAGCAGGUCUGAUCCAUGACUGACAAGUGCGAGCGAGUAAUUCUGUAUGCUGUAGGACCAGAACCUCCUCUCUUCAGCUACAUUGGCCAUUGUCAGAUAUUGACUGACUGACUAUUAUUAUAGAUUGUGGAACAAGAAAAUUUGUCUGAUAUUGACUGACAAACUAUUAGUUUAAGCUGAUGGACAAGGAGAUUACUAUUGAGGAAGGAAGUGGACAUUGAUUUUGCGUCAUUUGCCGGCGUUGUUUGUCAAUUCUGAAAUCUCUGACUUGAGUGGUUUGUGCCAUGGUCGCUGCGCUAUCGGUCGUAUCACCGUCUAACCAAUGCACUUCAUGUACCGUAUUACCGAUGUUCACAUCCUGUACUUUUACACAUAAUCUACGCGUGUCAUUUUGUCUGCCUGCCAGAAGAUGCUGUCUAUUUUUUCAUUGUUUGUUUUUUUUUGUCUUUUUUUUUUUUUUUUUUUUUUGUUUUUUUUUUUGUCGAUGGUUGAGCUCAAAGGCAACUAUUUUCUGAACAGAUGAAGAAUCUAUUUUUGGAUGUGACACAAAUAAAUACAUUGUCAGCUUUGUGUAUGCGUGUGUAACUUGCUCUCAGUCAAAGUAAGGCUUCUCUUGUUGAGGUCCAAGUCGCCAUUUUUAAAAAAAACGCCCUAAAAAGUGAAGUUUCGGUGCAAAUUUAUUUUUAUUUUUUUCUUUACGGUAGGGAAAAAUGUUUUUUUUAUGGUCACUUGAAAAAGAUAUUGGCACUGGGACUUGAUUUUUGACGGCAGUUGUAGAGUUGCAUAUUUUGGAGGCUGUUGCCUUUUUGACCAGUUGUGUAUAAAGAAAGACUUUGCUCACAAUGAGAGUACAGGCUCUGUUUUAAACUGUUUACCUAUUGUUAGGCUCAGAUCUCUGGGUGUGUCCGGGUGUCUUGUUCGUCUAUCUAUCUGCUAAAUGUUGUCCUUGAUAUAUUGUUCAUGUUUGUUUGUGUGGAGCUUCACUCCAAGGUGUAAAAUGAUGAAAUUGUUCUCAAUUUAUUUUGGUAAGAGACUUGUCACGGAAAGAUUUGUUGGUGGGUGGCGUGGGCAUGCUCAUUACGUGGUGGUGGAAACUAAAAUGGCCUAAUAAUAACUCAAGCGUGCAUCUCUAAUGGUCUAAUUUGUCGGUAAUUUUUUUGUCAUGAAAAAUUAGUGUAAACAUUCUCAUUAUUUGGUGAUCAUAACUAAGAAAGCGCUGAUAACUAUAAAAUGUGCAUCUUUCGUGUUCAGAUUUCUUGAUGUCACUUUUUAGGGGAUUUUUUACUGUCAAAAUUUUUGGGGCAAAAUUCUUUUCUUCCUAGUUCCUGUUGUCCCAACUGUGUGUCCAUGCGCUGAACAUAAAUGUCAGCUUUUACCUGUUUUGGGGUUUUUUAAAAAUUUUUAUGAA